AUGCACUCAUGUUUUGAUCACUCAAGGUGCUCGCUUACCUCUGGCUUUCCGAUUUACUUCUAUGACCCUGAUAUAUAUUCACCGUUGGCUAGUGCAGAGAUUGAUGGUUUCUUGAAAACGACACUGCGACAGACUUUAAGUUAUAAUGCGCAUUUGACACGAAACCCAAAUGAGGCCUGUUUAUAUCUCGUGCUUAUUGGUGAAGCGUUUCCAAACACCAAGACUCUAUCUACAGAGCCAUAUAAAAUGCUGAACGAAACUGCGAUUAAAUCCCUCCCAUUCUGGGGGGGUGAUGGCCGAAAUCAUGUUUUAUUAAACUUGGCCAGGCGAGAGUUGUCUGUUGGUUCUGGUGAUUCUUUCUUUGGAUCAUCUACAGGGAGAGCGAUGAUCGCACAGUCGACGUUCACACUGGAGCGAUUUAGACCGGGAUAUGAUGUCAUAACCCCACCGGCUUUGGGGCCACCAGGUGGUGAUGUUUGGCCCGAAUGCGCCCCAAUGGCCCCAGCAAGGAGGAAAUAUCUUCUAAGUUUUCAGGGCUCACAUUCACCAGCGACCGCACCCAACAAAGACAACGACAAGCAAUUGAUUGAAUCACUCCAAAACAUUGCCAAAGCGGCGCCAUCUUCUGACGUGUUCUUCUUGCAAUUCGAAUGCGACCCGUCAGUUGAGAGACGGGCGAUUCUGCCCAUCGGGGAUUGGGCGUUAUGCGGGACAGAUAGGUCCAGACGGGCGAUUCUUCGCGAUUCCACCUUCGUCCUGAUAUUGGCACCUUCCGACCAGAAGUACGCUUCCACAGCUCUCUUACAGGCGAGAUUGUAUGAAGCGUUGCGUUCUGGUGCUAUUCCAGUUAUACUGGGAGGGGAUAGAUUAAAUUUGCCAUAUGAUGAGGUCUUAGAUUGGCGUCGGGCGACGCUGUCUCUGCCUAAAGCUAGGUGUACGGAACUGCAUUUCUUGCUCCGAGCCUUAUCGGAUCCAGAUUUACUGGUGUUUAGGAGACAAGGACGGGUUCUAUGGGAGAGAUACAUGAGUUCGUUGCAAGCGAGCGUCGAUACGUUGCUAGCAGUGAUAAGAACGCGCUUGAACAUCCCAGGGAGACCAGCUGUGGCAUCGGUGGGUAUGCCGGCGUUCAACGAUUCGUACUAUCCGUUGAAAAUGGAACCUCCAGCUGUUGACUCCGAGCCUGAAGAGACCUUAGGGCCCCUGGAAGCGCCCUACCCCAGUCCAGCAUAUAAACGGAAUUAUUCCCUAAUUCUUCUGCACGGUUAUGAGAUGUGGAAUGAUUGGGGGGAGCCGUUCUCAAUAUACCCCCAGUUGCCCUGGGAUCCUCCGGUGACGUCUGAAGCGAGGUUUUUGGGUUCGGCGGCUGGGUUUAGACCCGUCGGGGCGGGGGCUGGUGGGUCAGGGAAGGAAUUUAGUGAGGCACUGGGUGGUGACAGACCGAGGGAGCAGUUCACAAUAGUGAUAUUGACGUAUGAAAGGGAGGCGGUGUUGGCAGCUGCACUGGCGAGGUUAAGGGGGUUGCCAUAUUUGAAUAAGGUGGUGGUAGUGUGGAAUGGUGUGACCGGUCCCUCUCCAUCAAUGACCUGGCCAGAAUCCGGGGCUCCAGUGGCGGUUGUUCGAACUCCGCGGAACUCUUUGAACAAUCGUUUCCUUCCAUACCACCUCAUUGAGACUGAGGCUGUAUUGUGUGUAGACGACGAUGCCCAUUUACGACACGACGAAAUAGUUUUCGCUUUCAGAGUGUGGCGUGAACAUCGCGACAGGAUAGUUGGUUUUCCUGGACGAUACCACGCUUGGGAUCUGAACUUUAAUAACGGGUUUCUCUACAAUUCUAAUUACAGCUGUGAGCUCAGCAUGGUUUUGACAGGUGCGGCCUUUGUCCAUCGGUACUACCUGUGGGCCUAUUGGCGUGUACUCCCUUCAGCGGUGAGGGACUAUGUCGAUGAAUAUAUGAAUUGCGAAGACAUCGCUAUGAACUUUUUGGUCGCGCACAUCACCAGGAAACCUCCCGUUAAGGUGACGUCACGAUGGACCUUCCGCUGUCCCGGAUGUCCGGUUACGCUGUCGGCUGACGAAACACACUUCCAUGAAAGGCAUAAAUGCAUACAAUUCUUUUCCCAGGUGAUGGGAUACACCCCACUUCUCUCGACACAGUUCAGGGCGGACUCUGUUCUAUUCAAAACACGAAUACCUCACGAUAAGCAAAAGUGCUUUAAGUUUAUAUAA